AUGACGCAGAGAGGCACGCACUCGAACCAGACCAGCAGCCGCGGCCGGGAGACGGGCCCCUUCCCGGCCUGCUGCCCGGCCAGCACGUCACUGAGUCUGAAGGCCCCGGUCAAGGCUGCGGACCGGACGGUGGCCGGGCCCGGCGUGGAGAGACACAGCAGCCGCCCGCGGAGCCCCGAGCAGGAAUCCGGCUCAGACGCCAGCCCCCCGGGUCCGAGACGCAGCGCCGCUGUCCACUCAGAGCAAGUGCCAACCGCUCACCUUCCUGAGGGUCCGCUGCUCGCACGGGGCGAGGUUCCUGAGCUCCCAGGGCCGGGGGCCGGCAACGGGCCGGACACGCGUGGGCUUCUGCUCUGGGCCCCGACGCCCCCCCCUCGCCCUCCUGCCCACCUCUGCCGGCCCCAGCGAAGAUGCCCCGUUGACCUGGGGCCACCAGGGGGCAGGGUGGCCGGGGGACGGCCCCCGCUGGGCGGCCUUUCGCAGCAGGCUCCAAGGCCCAGGGUGGCCCGGUCCCUCCCGCCAGAGCCCCUCCUCAUUCAGGGUCAGGGUCAGGGAAGGGAGGGGGAGGGGUGGCCACAGAGAGGGCCAGACCCUGCCCGGCCUGGCCCCAUGUCCUGGGUGGGCUUGGGGCCUCCCUGCCCCAGGCAGCCAGCCAGCUUCCUCGCCUCCCUGGGCGUGCUCUGCCGUCUGAGAGCCCAGCUGUGCCUCGCCGUCUCCGGGUCUGGGAAGCCUCAGGGCUGCGGGCUGCGGGCUGCGGGGAGGCGCACGGCACAUGGGGGCCGGGUCUCCACAGGGACCCGCUGGCUUGGGCCGGGAGAAGGAAAAAGAGCGGAGAACUGGGAGCCCCCAGGAGACGGUGAGGCCCCGCAAAGGGCGGCUGCACGCUGAGGCCACGCCUC